CUGAUAGGUUUACACUGCUUUUCAAAGACUUAUGGAAUCGACGCAUCUCUCCUCUGAAACUUGUUUUUCUUCCAGGAAAAAAGGAAAUAUUAACUGGGUUAUUUUUCUCCCCGUUUGCGUCUGUUUUCGUCUCUAGAAGCUGCGAGGAGCUACAAAGUCAGCAGGAGGACUUUUUCUUUUUUCCUAAUCUUCGCGGAUUUUUAACGGAUCACCAUGCCUCUGUCGUUUAUGGUAAGAAGCAAAAAGUUCACUUCCUACAGGCAAAAAAAUUUCGAUGAAGAUGACUCGGAGGCCUCCGCAACAUCUGAAAUCCCAGCAGCCGUUCAGACCACAGACAUUUCAGACAGGCCUAAGUCAGAGGGGCAAUCUUCCCCUGAAGCCCCCCGCUUACUUACUAAGGAGGAACCGGAGCUUGAAUGUCCCUUACCGCUUCACCCAGAGCCAAGCAGACCUCUCAUGACUCAGACACAGCCGUACUACCUGCCAGAGCCUCACUUGGCUGACUUCCAACCUUAUGCCUGGGAGACAUUGUCUCCUUCCUACAAGCUCCGUCAGAUGAGUUUCAGCCCCACAGUGCUGCAGCAUGCCAGUAACCUGUACAGCACCAACAUCAACCGUAGUCCUCAGCCUCAGCAGCCUCUGGACUGCAGCACUCACUACUCGCCUUCUUCGAACACCUAUCACUGUAUCACCUGUGACAAGGUAUUUUCAACUUCCCAUGGACUGGAGGUUCAUGUCAGAAGGUCUCACAGUGGAAUGAGGCCGUUUGGCUGCAGCAUCUGCAGAAAAACAUUUGGUCAUGCUGUCAGCCUGGAGCAGCACAUGAACGUCCACUCUCAGGAAAAAAGUUUCGAGUGCAAGAUGUGCGGCAAAUCCUUCAAGCGUUCAUCCACGCUCUCGACACACCUGCUUAUCCACUCCGACACCAGGCCUUACCCCUGCCAGUACUGUGGCAAGAGAUUUCAUCAGAAAUCUGAUAUGAAAAAGCACACCUACAUACACACUGGUGAAAAACCUCACAAAUGCCAAGUUUGUGGCAAAGCUUUCAGCCAAAGCUCCAACCUGAUCACACACAGCCGGAAACACACAGGAUUUAAGCCCUUCGGGUGUGACAUUUGUUCAAAGGGCUUCCAACGCAAGGUUGAUCUGCGCAGGCACCACGAGAGCCAGCAUGGCAUAAACUGAAGAGGAAGUGUUUUCUUUCUUGUUGUUGUUGUUGUUUUUUAACCUGUGUGAUAAAUAAUAUUUAACAAUAUGCUGACACUGGGGGAAGCUGUAGCUCAACUGGUAGAGCAUUUUCUUAACAUAUCACAAGGUUGAGGGCUCAGCCUUUGACCCCUUCGAAUGCUGAGGUGUCCUUGGGGAAGAUCCUCUUGGCCUACAAACAUCUUGCACGGCAGCUGUGUGUGACUGUGAAUGGGCACAUGAGAAACACAUUAUGAAGUGCUCAGUAGAACCCAGUUAAGGUUAAAAGGCACUAUGUAAGUUACAUUGAAAGAAAUCUUUCAAGAUAUGAAUGAAUGUUUAUUCUGAUGCACUUUUCAUUGUGUUGUUGCAGUGUUACAAUGUUCCAUUGCUUAGAGUCAAAUAAAUAUUGAAGCAAU